UCCGCGCGCCGCUCGUCAUCCUGGCUGGGAGGCUCGAUGGCGCUGCGCCUUCUUUCCACUGCGGGCGCCUGUCUUGUGAGCCACGGCAGGAAGUGGAUGGGUCGCCCGGCCGCGGCUUCGCUGCUUUAGCUCCGGCCGGCUUGUCAACGACGCUCCUCCUCCGGGACAGCCUUCCACCCAUCCCUCCCUCCCAUAUUCUGGACCUGGGACCUGGGACGGAGCCUUUGCUGUGGCUGCAGGAUGGUCGGUGGAGAGCCCCGGGCAUGAGCCAGAGAGCCAGCGCCAGCGAAAGCGGGACAGGCCGCCUCCUCCUCCUUCUCCUCCUCCUCCCUCGGGCUGCGAGCGAAGAUAACAAGGGAGCUGCGGAGGGCGAGCGUGGCUGACGGCCGGAGGAGAAACGAAGAGCGAAAGGCCAGAACGGUGGCAGAAUGUCAGCAUUGGUGACAUCAGUACCAUUAUCUGAGGAGGAUAAUGCCACUUACUCAUCUGCUCCCACGGCAGUGACAACAGCUAACAUCCUGACAACACCUUUGUUUUUAAAUGCUACCAACAGUACUGUGCCACACAAAUGCUUGGUGCUGUUAUAUGAGGACAUAGGCACAUCCAGAGUUCGUUACUGGGACCUUAUGCUAUUGGUUCCCAAUGUACUUUUCUUUGCAUUUCUCCUCUGGAAACUGCCUUCUGCCAGGGCCAAAAUCCAUGCUACUUCCAGCCCCAUUUUUACCACAUUCUACAUACUGGUGUUUGUGGUUGCUGUGGUUGGGAUUGCUCGGGCUGUUGUCUCCAUGACAGUCAGUGCUUCUACUGCUGCUACGGUCACUGACAAGAUCCUGUGGGAAAUUACAAGAUUCUUCCUUCUGGCCAUCGAGCUGAGCAUGGUGAUUUUGGGCCUUGCAUUUGGUCACCUGGAGAGCAAAUCCAGUGUCAAGCGUGUCCUGGCUAUCACCACUGUUCUGUCGUUGGCCUACUCGGUGACACAGGGAACUCUGGAAAUCCGUUAUCCCGAUGCUCAACUCUCAGCAGAAGAUUUUAAUAUUUAUAGCCACGGAGGAAGGCAUUUCUGGCUUGCCAGCUCUAGUUUCUUCUUUCUGGUUUAUUCCUUUGUGGUGAUGCUUCCCAAAACUCCCUUGAAGGAUCGUAUUUCUCUGCCAUCAAGGAAGAGUUUCUAUAUCUAUGCAGGAAUUCUUGCUGUGCUCAAUUUAGUGCAAGGUAUCGGCAGUGCUCUGCUCUGUGCGGGUAUCAUUGAAGGCUUAUGCUGUGUGGAUGCCACCACCUUCCUCUACUUCAGCUUUUUUGCUCCACUCAUCUAUGUGGCAUUUCUGAAAAGUUUCUUCGGGUCUGAACCAAAGAUCCUCUUCUCCUACAAAUGCCAGGUGGAUGAACCUGAGGAUGUCGAUGUGCAUCUUCCCCAUGCUUAUGGGGUAACCAAAAAAGAAGGGCUAGAUUCUGGCUUCUACUCCAGCACUCAGAUUGACACCACGGCAUACCUGGACGAUGUUGCUUCCAUGCCGUACCAUGUGGGCAGCAUCAAUAGCAUUGAUAGUGAUCGAUGGAAAGCCAUUAACUCCUAAAGGCAGAUGUGGUUGAAAGAAUAACUUUCUCUUGCAUCCAUUGCUCCAUUCAGAUAAUCUUUUGGAACUCUAAUGUAUUUGUCUUCUCUUUCAUUGGACGUGUUUUUUUUUUAAAAAAAAAGACAUUUGAACUCUGUAUCGAACAUAAAAUUGGCAACUGUAGUCUUCCUGGAAGGACAAUACUCAUCUUUGUGAGACAACAUACAGAUCAGCUUCAUUUCAGACAUGCAUAAAUGCUGACUUUUCAUAUUCUUGGCAUUCCAAAUCUACAUGGUUAGACCGUUUGUCACCUUUUGUUCGUGAUAAAAUGCACAUUCUACCAGGAAUAUUGAUUGUUCCUUCGGAUAUACACCCACCCACAAACAGUUUGAAAUUAAGGUUGGAAUGCCUUGUUCGCAUUUUAUUUUAUUUUUAGGUUUGAUUUAGUUAUUAUUUAUAUUCCCAACAAGUUUCAAUUCCCAGCAGUAACCUUCACUGUGGAAUUGGAGGAUAAUAGCAUAGUUCCUACAUUUUGGGCAACUGGCCUAUGCUUGAAAUGGAGGUGAGAGAACUCUAGAAGCUUUUGAGCAUCUCAUAAUUCUUCCCAGGGAAGUAGGGAGUAUGUUGUAUUUUAAAAAGAACUUACAUCUAGAAGGACAGGGAAGGAAAGUAGUCAGCAAGGAAAGGUCUCUGGAACACAUUGCUGUGCUACUGAACUACUGUGAUUUAUUGACAUGCAGGCAUGUUUCAUACACUGUAUAAUUUUCAGAAUGAGAAUGUAGCCAAGUGAGUGUUAUGGAAUGAUGUACUGUAAGACCAACAGCACUUCUGUGCAAAUGGGAUUGAGUAGGGAGAAGAUGGCUUGGAUGGAAAUUCUAAAAUGAAAAGGGCAGAAGAGCAAAUAAAAAUAUUUUACGAGCCUGUUUUAGACAGCUUGCUAUUGAUGCUUGGGAUAGCAUCUAAAUAGAAUGCAAACCUGAAGUGACUAUGAGGUCUAGAUUAAAAACAAACUAUUUAUAAUAUUAGUUGUGGUCUGGGCCUCCUGGUUAAGACUAUAUUAUAAGGGUAGUGUUGGAUCUGGUUUUUCUGAAACCUUUGGUAACACUUGGCUGAUGAUUGCAUUAGUGAUGUUGAUAAUGCCUGAAUUUGGAAGACUUCUGAGGACUUUUCUGUGAGAUUAGUAAAGUAAAAGAAAUAUUAAUUUCUUUUAUUAUAAUCAAGAUGUUUCUGGAAAGAGAAUAAUCUAAUAUAGGAUUGGCUAUACUUUGAAGGCAAGAAGAAAAAUAGCAUAUCUAAAACGUUUUAAAAAGCUUGCAUUUUGUGCCCAUGCAUUAUGCCUAGCUUUUGUUGUUGUUAAUGUUCUUGCUGUAAGGUUAAGUGGAAAAUGCAUAAUUAUGGGCACCCUUAAUAGUGUGCGAACUGUGAGUAAAAUUAUUUGAAUAGAGACUGGCUAGGAGGCAAAUGUAGGCACAGCUAAUUGAAUUAAAAUUCCAUAAAAUAAGAGUGACAAACCAGAAUGUCUUUUUCCUGUUGUUACGAUGGCAUUAAUUCAGGAUCAUUUAUGUUACAAAUGGAUGAAUAAGGUUAGGAUUCCAGAAACUCACAGCAAUUUUCUUUGAAAUUACAGGAUUUGCUUUAAGGAAACCUCUUUAGAACUGAGGCACAGAAAGAAAAAUUAACAUUUUGUCUCCUGAAUGCAGAAAUGUUCUUCCCCUUUUCCAUUUGUGAUUUCUGCUUGCCAAGCCAACACCAAUGUACAUAAGACCUUGAUUUUAAGAGUGUCAAAAUGAUCUAAAUUCAGAAAAAGAAGACUCGUGCUUAAAACUGCUAUUUGGAUGUGUUGUUAAUGAAGAUUGGCAUUCUGAUAUGAUAGAGAACAAAAAUUUGUCUUUAAUUUUGCUGUUGGCCAGACAGCUGUUUCUAAGCAUCACAAUUUGGUACUGUAAUUUGACUUGCUGGUGUUAGCAGCAUUAUUGUCUUGUGGCAAGAAAUCUUACAUAAUUCGUAAUUGACACCUCAUUAAUCUUUAUGGUGUUAAUUGGAGUUAGGCUGGUGGAAACCUCUGUUUGGAAAUGAGAAUUUAUUGCAGCAUUAUGUGAGCCGGAUCAUACAAAACCUGUAUUCCCAGACAACUGGUCAGUUUUUAUUAAUUUCUCAAUUCCCUAGUUCUAUAGGAUAUCCCAAUCUCUUUCUCCUCCCCAGCCAGAAUGCCCCAAUAUCCUUACAUGGGCUAUUCUCAUUAGAGUAGAUUGGUGUUAUAAACCCACAGACCUGGAAGGAAUAAAGUUGGAGAAAGCUUCUGGCACGUUAAGGUGCAUUUGCAAAAUGAAAGGAUUCUUAAUAUGAAGAAGGAUAUCUUGGAUAAUGUGAAUCGGGGUGAGAUGACAUUUCAGAUACUUUUACUAACCAUGUUCCGCAUCAAAUAUCAGCCACUCACUCAACUAUGAUCACUUUUCCACUGUAGAAUCCUGUUGUUCAUCACCAUGAUGACUUGAUUGUUAAACACCUCUUUAUAUAUCUACCUUUGUCUUCUGCUGCUGAGGAGAAACUGCACUAAGGGAAAGAAAUGUCUUCUUCCAAGUAUACUGAUUUUAAAGUGUGUGUAGAUAAUUCCUUCCAUGUUCAGAGCGAAAUACCAUCCAUAAACGGACAAUGUUUGUGGAGGUGAAUGUAUUGCAUGUCCCAUGAAAUGUUGGAACAAACUUUAAAAAUAAAGCUAUGUAUAUUUUUGUCUGUAAAAUAAAUGAUCUUUGACUUAAAUGAAGACAUCUCCCCCACCAUAGAUGAUCUGCCUGCAUGUCCCCAUAUUUUUCUGCUAAUCCCCCCCUCCCCCCAAACUAAGGUAGCCUGCUAUCCUGUAAUGAAAUGCUUUUAUUUUAAGGGGAAAGGUCAUUGUUUAGUUUAUUUUUCCUCAAAUUUGGCUUACGUUUUAGAGUGGUAUUUUCAGAUUGUGAUCACACCUUUAGAUAGCGCUCAGUGUCACAUCAGCCUGGGUUUGAUAUCAUUUUAAAUUUUAUUAAAUGUCCUUGAAGAAGAACAAUCUUAAACCUUGUUAUUUAUUUAAAUAUAAAUUGAUAAAUUGAAGAAGGAAACAAUCACUAUAAUGUACUCCUCGACUUAUGACCCCAGUUGAGUCCAAAAUUUUCGUUGCUAAGCAAGACAGUUUUUAAGUGAGUUUUGCUGCAUUUUACAACUUUUCUUGUCACAGUUGUUAAGUGAAUCACCGCAGGUGUUAAGUUAGUAAUAUGGUUGUUAAGCGAAUUUGGCUUUCCCAUUGACUUUGCUUGUCAGAAGAUGGCAAAAGGGGAUCACAUGACCCUGGGACACUGCAACUGUCAUAAAUACAUGCCAGUUGCCUAGCAUCUGAAUUUUGGUCAUGUGACUGUGGGGAUUUUGCAAUAAUCAUGUGUCAAAAAUGGUCAUAAGUCACUUUUUUCAGUGCCAUUGUAACUUCGAACGUUAGUGGAGGACUAGCCAUAUUACUUUUGGGAUUCACAGGUGAAACUGAGAUCCAGUUUAGGUUGCUUAGCUAGAUACAAAGAAGUUAUGGUAAAACUAUUCUUUUUUCCCCAGUGCUUGCUUUGAGUAAGUCCUUCUAGCUCAAUAAAGUGAACUAUUUUUGAAA